AUGCAAAUGACUGAACCUUCGGACAACAUGAAGCCUGAUCCUGAUCCUCAAGCCGCAUGCGACGAGUUUUACUCGAGCCUCAAUCUCGAUAAUAUGCCUUCCAACCACAAUCUACAAGCUGCCGCAGUAAGGAAUAACACAACAUCGGAGCCAGAGACUACUACAAGAACAGAUGCUCUACAGAGACCCCCAAAGAAGAGGAAGAGAGUUGUGAUAUCAUGCACCGAGUGUCAUAGGCGCAAACAAAAGUGCGACCGUCAAUUUCCAUGUUCGAAUUGUGUCAAUCGUAAUAAACAAGAUGUCUGUCAAUACGAGAAUGAAUCUGCGAGGAAACAACAACUAUUAGACGACUUACGAUCAUCCGAGAAUGGAGAAUAUGGCAAAGGCGCACAGCUGGAGUCUGAUUCCGUCGCAAAAGUUAGUGCUCUAGGAUAUGCAAAAUCAAAUGGGAGCCAUUCCAAUACCACACUGGGAAUUUUCAAGAAGAUUGAGGCCGAGGUCAAUGAUGGAGCGGCUGUGACAUCUCAUUGCGUAUCAACAGCAGAGAACAGUGGACUCCGCGAGAAAUACAAAAGUUUGAUACGACAACUUCCGUCUCGACCAUAUAUUGAUAUGCUUCUAAAGACCUUUUUCCACGAGGUCAACUUUCAAUAUUACGCAUUAGAUGAGGGAACGUUCCGGGAUCACCUCAGAAACUGGAACAACUUAUCUUUCGCAACUCUGAAUAAAGGACCACAGGAACUCCCUGCAGAUCUCCAAUUCUUUCCCGCUCUCCUGUUCCAAUGUCUGGCUAUGGCGUUACUCUUUCAACCACCAGAACACGAUCCAAGUCUGGAAUCUCUCAAAUAUGCAGCAGGAAUGUCUUUUGACGAUCUUGCGGCCGAUUACAGCGAUUCGGGAGUAAGCAUCCUGACAUUACUAGGCAAACGCAAUACUACUCUUGUGACAGUUCAAGCCGGAUUCGUCAGAUCAUCAUAUCUGAAAUAUAGUGGCAUGGUUCCCGAAAGCUGGCAUGCUUUAUCCCAAACAAUCAAAGAUGCUCAAGAGAUUGAAUUGCACAAGGACAACUACCAAACCCAAUAUCACAAGCCCGAAGAUGGAUUUGAGCAUUUAUGGCACCAACAACUUCGAAGGAGAACUUGGCUUGUACUUGCGUUAUGGGAUGUACAUAUGGCAUUAGUUCUUGGUCGACCCACGACGAUAGAUAUGCGUGAUCCAAGGCCACCUUUUCCCAUCGACGCUCCCAUACCAGCGACCAUUGAAGAUCGACGCAAGACUCCUCCUGUGGAACGGUCGCCUACAGAUAUGCCCACACCUCUGACGAUGCUGUUAUGGUAUGUCGAGGUUAUGGCGCCACUUUGGGAUAUAUAUUACCUCGAGAAAGCUGGACCACAACCUAGUGAUGCACUCAAAGUGCAAAAAAUGCACAUGAACAUCAAGCAGAUUCAUGAACUAUGCCCGCCCUACUUCCGAGCUGAAACUCCCGAUACGACUUGGGACUCGCAUCCUGAUUGUUACUGGCUUCCCCCUUGCAGGUUGAUCUUUCAAAAUGGCGGUGCAUUCACAACCAUGGCUCUUCAUAGACCGUAUAUCUGUACAUCAGUUUCGAGUCGCCGUUCGGCCCUUGAAGCCGGUCUCAACAUUCUACGUGUGCAGCGUGAAUACUUUGGUUUGCUACAGACCAAACAUUACAAAAUGUUCAACCUUGUCCUCAAUACAUUCGAUGCCAUCAUUCUCUCAGCCGCCAUCUACAUUUUACAUCCUUUCGAAAAUAGGGAUCUCCUUGACAGCACCCUACAACAUUACGAUUGGGCUAUGGAAAGAUUUCAUACCAUGAUCGGUCGCAAUGCAAUCGCAGAUACGGCGGCCGGUGUACUCAAAGCAAUAAACAUUCGUUUAAAGAAAGCUUUAGGAACCAAACCUCAACCAUCAACCCCGUCAGAUAUCGGAUCCAACCCAUCGUCAACCGUUGCUAGCUCACAAGUCGCACGAUCUGUUACCUCCACAUCCGCAUCUCAAUCCUACAAUUCACCCGCAUCGUCUACAGAUCCAUCUACCAUCUCAUCUGCCAAUUCCGUCAAUGGAAGUCAUUACAAUCUUCCGACCAUACACAACUUGACUUCACCCAAUCCAAAUUCCACCGCCGCUUGGGAGUUCACUGGAGCUAAUAAUAUGAUGCCGCACAAUUUUGAUCUAUCCUCAAUCGCACCCUUACAACCGAUGCAUGAUCUUAUCUUCAAUGACCUGAGCACCAACCUUGGCACCAAUUACGAUUUGCAAUAUUCGGGAUAUCAAGAGGCAAAUAUGUAUGCGCAACCUGAGCCAUGGCAGUUUGAAGGAGAUUUAGGACAAGAUAGUUUCUGGGCCGUCAUGAAUAAUUACAAUCCUUAA